CAACGGGGCCAAAGUCCGCGGGCUCCGGCAGCUCGGGCGGCCCGGCCGGGGGAUGCAGCUCCCUGCCGUGCCGGGCGUGCUCGCCCCGUCCCUGCUCGCCAUCCCCGUGGCCUUUGGCAUCAACGGUGCGACCGCCUUGGCAGACAGCCCGCUGGUGCUGAUGCUGAUGGGGAUGCUGGUGCUCGCCGGCCUCUUCUCCAUCAUCAUCUUCGUAAGCGGAUUGAGCCACUUCCAGGAUCCCCUUUUCUGCGUGUUUGUGGUGUUCUCCUUCACCUCCGUCGUCGACUUGAUCAUCUCGCUGGAGGAGGAUGGCUACAUUUCUGGCUUCAUGGAGGUCUACGUCCGAGAGGGCGAGCCCUACCUGCGCACAGCGCACGGCAUCAUGAUCUGUUACUGGGACGGCAUCAUCCACUACGGGCUCUACCUCGCCAUGAUCGUGGCCAUCAGCCAGAGAAAGAGCUACAGGAACCUGGGUCUCUUCUGGCUGGGCUCUCUGAUGAUGAGUGUCGUCGUCUUCCUGCUUGGGAAUCUGAUAGGGAAAUACAGCUCCGACCUCAGCCCUUCUUUCCUGCUCAACCUGCCCUACAUCCUCAUCCCCAUCUGGGCUGGGCUGAGGCUUUUCCAGCAGCCCAAAGCCCUGCCAUGCCUCAGCCCUGAGAAGGUUGCAGAGGAGCAACACAAGCCCCUGUACCAGCGGCCCCAGGACAUGGGGCUGGUCCUGCUCCUGCUCCUCACCGCCGCGUUCACCUUCUUCAGGGGGUUGGUGGUUUUGGACUGUCCCGCUGAUUCGUGCUUCGAGUACAUCUACCAGCAUGAGCCGUACCUGCGCGACCCCGUCGCCUACCCCAAAGUGCAGGUUGCUCCUGGCUGCCCGACUGGAGUCUGGUGUUUGCCGGUGCCGUCGCGCAGGCUCAGUUCUCCCAUCUGGGCUCCUCGCUGCACGCCCGCACGCCUUUCCCUUACCAGACCCCUGAAGAUGUCUGGUGGAGCUUCCUCCUCACCAACGUCCUCUACGCGCUGGGCCCCCAGCUCCUGGCCUUCCGCUGCCUGCGCUGCCCUGCCUUCUUCCUGCCUGCCACUCCUGCCAGCCUGCACGUGGGCAAGAAACACCAGUGACGUGUCCUGCCCGCCCCGGGGGGGCUGCUGCCCAUCUCCCCUCUCCCCUCUGCAAGAGCAGCCGGAGCAGCCUGCGCCGGGACCGGGGGGCCCGGGACCGGGCGGGCCGGUGACCUUGGCGAGCCGGCGGCCCUGCGCAGCGUCGGGAGCCGGGGCAGGGCCGGGCCGAGCUCCCGGUGCCGCCCCCUGCGCGGAGCCGCCCCGGCAGCACCGGAGGCACCGGCGGCACCGGAGCGUUCCUGCGGCCGGGCCCCUCCCGCGGGCCGGUACCGGCGGAGACACGAUGCGUCCCCGAGGUCCCUGGGCCGCUGGCCCGGCAGCUCUGCUGCUCCUCGCCGGCAUCCUCGCCUCCAACGCGCUGCUCAGCACCCGGGGAAGGAAGAAAGUGGUUCAUGUCAUGGAGGGUGACAGCGGGGCCGUGGUCGUGCAAACGGCCCCGGGGAAGGUGGUGACCCACCGGGGCGGCACCAUCAUCCUGCCCUGCCGGUACCACUACGACGUGUCCGCCCACGACCCGGCCGAGAUCCGCCUCAAGUGGACCAAGGUGACGGAGCCGAUGGCCUUCGUGGACGUCUUCGUGGCGCUGGGGAAGGCGCGGCGGGCGUUCGGCAGCUACCGCGGCCGCACGGCGCUGCAGGAGGAUGGCUUCGGCGACGCCUCGCUCAUCAUCCGCAACGUCACCCUGCAAGACUACGGCCGCUACGAGUGCGAGGUCACCAACGAGCUCGAGGACGACACCGGCAUGGUCAAGCUGGACCUCGAAGGCGUCAUCUUCCCCUACCACCCACGCCUGGGUCGCUACACCCUGAACUUCCACGAGGCGCAGCAGGCGUGCCUGGAGCAGGACGGCAUCCUGGCCUCGCACGACCAGUUGCACCAGGCCUGGCUGGAGGGCAUGGACUGGUGCAACGCCGGCUGGCUGGAGGACGGCUCGGUGCAGUACCCCAUCUCCCGGCCACGGGAGGAGUGUGGCCGCAAGGACACGCCGGUGGGGGUUCGCAACUACGGCUACCGGCACAAGGAGACCGAGCACUACGACGCCUUCUGCUUCACCUCCAACCUCAACGGCAAAGUCUACUUCUUGAAGACGUAUCGCAAGCUGAGCUACGCCGAGGCGGUGCAGGCCUGCAAGAACAACGGGGCGGCCGUGGCCAAGGUGGGCCAGCUCUACGCCGCCUGGAAAAUCCAGCUGCUGGACCGCUGCGAGGCUGGUUGGGUGGAAGACGGCAGCAUCCGUUAUCCCAUCGUCAACCCCCGGGCACGCUGCGGGGGCCGGGAGCCCGGCGUACGGAACCUGGGCUUCCCGGAUAAGAAGUACAAGCUUUUUGGGGUUUAUUGCUUUAAAAAAGCUGGUGAGGCUGCCCCGGAGAAGGUGCUGGGUGGGGGGCAUCCGAAUCGUGUGUGAGGCUCGCCUUCACUGGGAGCACCCCUCGCAGCCCCCAAGCCGUGUGCUGGGCUCCCCGGCAGUGCGGGGAGCUGCGGGCAGCCCCUGCGUUGGAACUGGGAAAGGGGCCCGCGCGCUGCCGGCGCGGCUGCUGCGCCCAAAGCCUGGUGACGCUCGGGGAAACUGAGGCAGCAGGAGGGGAACGACUUCAGUAGCCCAGCCAGGAGCCUGCGCUUGGAUCCAGGGCUGGCUCCCCAGCUCAUUGCAGUUCUCGCUUCUCAACCAGCAUCUUGCAUGUGCUAAAGGCCCAGCCAGAGCUUGAGCCCCGCCACGUCCUCAUCCUCACGCCCGGGGUCCCCAGCUCCGCGCUGUCCCUGAGGCCACGCAGCACUCCAAACCCCCCCCGGGAGAUGCUACGGGCAACCAGCAUCCCAGGCCCAGCCAAAUCCCACCUUGGCACUGGGCAAGGACCAGGGGGCACUGGGCUUGGCUUCAUGCAACACAGGCAUCCCGGGGGGGGGCACCCGCAGCCCCUCCAGCACCCGCUUGCCACUGGCCACCCCCCAGGGCCACUGCUGGUGCCGGGUGAGGCAAGUGGCCACGAGCCCGGGGCUGGGGCAGCUCCUCAGCACUUGGCUUCGUGCGGAAGCGGCCGAUGCCGGCAGCGGGGUGGCCACUGUCCCGAGCACCGGCACGAGGCUUUUUGCAGCCCUGGCGCUCGCGAGCUGGACGUAGAUGAAAUAAAAGCUUCGGCCGCUUCGGAGAGCUGA